AUGGACACGGUGCCCGUCUACCACGGGGCCAUCACCCGAGAGGCUGGGGAGAAGCUGCUGCUGGCGGCGGGCACGGACGGCAGCUACCUGCUGCGGGACAGCGAGAGCAUCCCGGGGGUGUACUGCCUCUGCGUGCUGCAUCAGGGUUAUGUUUAUACCUACAGAGUGUCCCAGACAGAAACUGGAUCCUGGAGUGCUGAGACUGCGCCUGGGGUCCACCGGAGGCUCUUUCGGAAAGUGCACAACCUCAUUUCGGCCUUCCAGAAACCCAACCAAGGCAUUGUGACACCCCUGCAGAACCCAGUUGUCAACCACAUGAAAGCCAGCUACUCCCCAGGGAGGAAUGAAGGCUAUGACUUCCACCUGCAGCCAUCAUGAGGAUGUCUCCUGAAGUGUGACAUAACCACAUCUUCCAGCAUCUCCUCUAAUCUAUGCUUUAAAACAGAAUGAUUUAUAUGAUAGUAAAUACAACUCUGUGAGUUU